GGGGUUCCGUGCCUGCCCUGAUUGCUAGCGCAGUGGCUGCUGGCUCCGUCCGCCCCAGCCCAUCCAGAGAGGGGCGCGGGCGCCGUGCAGGCGCUGGACUUGGGAGCUCCGGAGCCUGAAGCGCGCGCCUAGCCGCGUGGGCGGCGAUGAGCGCCGAGGGAUCGCAGUCCCUGGUCGCCCCCCGCGGGCGUCCUAGUCACCUACUGGUGCCCGCGCGGACCAAAACUGCUCUGGCCUUGUUGUAUGAUGAAGGCUUGGAAAAUGCCUAUGACGUCCGGCUGAAGCUGACAAAAGAGGUGCUGACUGUUCAAAAGCAAGAUGUCAUCUGCAUCGGGGGAGCCCCUCCUGGUGCUAAUCACAGAACUGUUACACUUCGCAGACAACCUGUGGGUGGCCUGGGCCUAAGUAUCAAGGGAGGAGCAGAGCAUGGAGUCCCUGUCGUCAUAUCCAAAAUAUUCAAAGACCAAGCAGCUGACCAGACAGAGAUGUUGUUCAUAGGAGAUGCUGUACUGCAGGUGAAUGGCAUUAAUGUAGAAAAUGCAACCCAUGAAGAAGUGGUGCAUCUUCUGAGAAACGCUGGCGAUGACGUUACCAUCACUGUGGAGUAUCUCAGGGAAGCACCCUCAUUUCUGAAGCUCCCAUUAGGGUCCCCGGGGCCAUCCAGUGACCACAGCAGCAGAGCCUCAUCGCCUCUCUUUGACAGUGGCCUGCACCUCAAUGGACACUGCAGCCACACAGCUCCGUCAUCACCUUCCUCGCCCAUAGCUAAUGAACCAAAGUAUGAGAAGCGUUGGCUAGACACCUUGUCAGUCCCUUUGUCCAUGGCUCGGAUCUCCAGGUACAAAGCUGGAACAGAAAAGCUCAGGUCCAGUGCAUUCGAGGUGCUGGCCCUAGAUGGAACUAGCACAGGAGUCCUUCAGUUCCCCACUGCCCAGGACUGUGCUGACUGGUUGCGUGCAAUCUCAGCCAACAUCAGUGACCUGACACUUCAACAUAUGAAAAUGGCAAAUAAAUGCUGCUCUCCCUGUGACCAGGUGGUGCACAUGGGCUGGGUAAAUGAGAGGCGCCAGGGAGCUGACAGCCCUCAGAACUUCAGAUCCAAGUUCUUGGCCCUGAAGGGCUCAUCAUUCUACAUUUUCAGCACUCCCCCGGUAAGCACACUGGAUUGGGGACGAGCAGAACGUGUCUAUAACCUCUGUGAGGUGCUGUUUAAAGUUCACAAGUUCUGGCUUUCAGACAACUACUGGCUGCAGGCAAACUUGUAUCUGGGUCUCCAAGAUUUUGACUGUGAAGACCCCAGAUCAUACUGCUUCAGUGUCCUGGCCAGCCAUGGGAAGAGCCACAUCUUCAGUGUGGAGCUGGGCAGUGACCUGGCCGUGUGGGAGAAGUCAUUCCAAAGAGCAACUUUCAUGGAAGUUCAGAGAAUUGGGUCAAAAACAUAUCUGUGCAGCUGGCAAGGAGAAAUGCUGUGCUUCACGGUGGAUUUUGCUCUGGGAUUUACCUGCUUUGACAGUAAAACAAAGAACGUGCUCUGGAGAUUCAAGUUCUCUCAGCUUAAGGGAUCUUCAGAUGAUGGGAAAACUAGAGUAAAGCUGCUGUUUCAGAACCUGGACACCAAACAGAUCGAAACAAAGGAGCUGGAGUUCCAGGACUUGACGGCAGUCCUCCACUGUAUCCACUCUUUCAUCGCUGCCAAGGUGGCCUCCUUGGACCCUGUGUUCAUGGACAGCCAGAGUAUGACAAGAAGAUACAUGUGCAACAGCUAAAAUGAGUCUGGAGAGUGCUACAAGCAAUUAAAUUAUUUUCUUAAGAAACAAAUCUUUCCUGCACAAUGUUGCAACUUUGUGUGGUUUUAUAAUGAGCCUAUAGUUGUGAUACCAAUAAAGACAUCACUAGUUUCACAGAUGGGUCAGACUGUUGAAUCUGACAGUGGGGUACAGAUUUGACCAGGCACAGUGGUGGUGGGAACUCAGGGUCCUCUGAAACCAUCCCAUCCCAGCCUUUCUCAAACAGACAGUGAUGCAACACCACAGUCUACUGCUUGCAUUCGUGAAAUCCAAAUUUUAUUUUUGCAAAGAACCUGGUAGGAGAGUAGGAAGCCACCACUUACUCUUUCUUAGAAGGAAUGGGCUUCCCACAGGCGCGUUGGUAACUCUCCCUUUGUCACAGGUGGGACUGGCAUUUGGGUUGAGAAAUGAAUAGGGAGAUGAGAGAAUUUUAAUUAUUUAGUUUUAUAUUAAAUGCUUACAUGUUUGUUAUGUAAUUGAAUUAUAUGUCAUUUAAAUGUGAAAUUCUAUUUUUUCCUAAUUAAUCAAAUACAGCACAUGCUUUGGUUUCCUUGUCUUUCAUAUUGUUUAUAACUUCAAAUCUGGGACUUUUCUAUUUUCAUAUUAAAAAAAAUUUAAUGGAA